AUGAAACGCAGUAUUCCCACAGUUUUGAGCUUGCUCUCAUUCUUCACAAGUGUCGCCCAAGCCAAUGUUGAAAAGACCAUCUUCUUGGGCCCACCCGCUGUCGCGAUCCCUCCUGAUACGCCGCACUUGGAUCCUCUGGGCAUGAUGCACCUCUCGCCUCAGAAUUCUGUUGUACGGACCUAUUUGAAUGCUUCAUUCCCCACGGUCGAAAUUCCGCAGGGGAUUGAGUCAUGGUUUUUCUUGGAGGAUUUGACUCCCGGGCAACGAUAUGAAGCUCGCAUCUGUUGGUUGGCGACGCAACCAACAUCCUUCACUCUAACCACAUACACCCUCUCCCAAGCAAUGAAUGACCCAAUUCUCCUCUCCUCCCUAAGCAAAUACUCAACCUCCCACCUCGCAGCACUAGCAGCAUCAGCAGCAGCAGCAGCAGCGAUAGACGACAGACCUGUCGAAACAUCCCCUCUCACCCAACAACGUCCCCAAGAAACCACCCUCAUCAACGACUCGAUUUUAUUUCUGCGCGUCCAGGCUGCCGCGGAUUACUUCUCACCAGAUCAGGCGUUGAUGCAACGAGUCCCACCUGUGGUGGUGGAUGUCAUUCUUGAUCCGUUCUUGAUGAACGUCUUUCCAAGGUCCCUGGUGCCGACGGCGGCUUGGAUGGGAGUGGUGGGUGUUGUGGCGGUGGUCGUUGCGAAGUGGGUGGGUAGGGAGCUGGGGCGGUUGAUUGACGACGCGAGGGCUGAGAGGGAUGAGGUGGAGAAGGAGAAGAAGGAGAUUUGA